AUGAGCCUUGAGCAGUCGCCGCUCGACACGUACGAACUCAUGAUAAAACGCCAACCAAACCGCCGCUUACUUAUCAGAAAGCUUCAGAACUGCCGAGCAUUCAGACGAUCGUCGUAGUUAGUUUCGCUUUGUUGUAUGCCUAAAGGACAGACGUGUCUUUUAGGAGGCUCUUCAAUAAAGUUAAAGAACUAAUGUGUGGCAUGAUAAUUCGAUAGUUAAUAUGCUCUGUAGGACAAAGGGUAGGAUAUAAAAGUCCCCCGCUACAUAACGGAGGUCUCACCGAGAAAUCAUAGGAAAGAUUGGAAAUUUACAGAAAAGCCAACCAAACCAUAGUACGCAUAAACGUCACGAGCGCAGACGAAGCCGUUUUAGUAUCCAACUUUCCAAGAUACAGUAUUAAGAACGAAGGUGCGCCAAACGACGUAGGAUUGCAGAAUCAGGUCGCCUUAUUUAACAUCAAUCCAUUCCAGUUACGACAUUGACGCUGACACUAUGGGUGCGAUCAUGGAUUCCGCUCAAGCCAUCAGGAUGGUAGGAAUAUUCCACUUCACGCCCGACGUGUUAGUAAAAACAAAAAAAACUUGAACACAUUAAUAUGUAUUUCAAAAGGUUUAAGAAAAACAACGUCGAAAAAAUUCGAUUCAGUUUCCCGAACGAUUACCAACUUGGCUACGAACACGAUUACGCCACCGAUCUCACCCCGAUACUUGACAACACGAUACCAUCUGUGCAUGGAUUCUAUAUCAUCAGAGUUAUAGGACACAAAUUAUACACAGUUGUUUUUGAAAUCGUGAGACCUGUUAGAGUUAUGGAUUCUCUUUUAAAAUUUUUUGAAAUAUUUUGUCUCGGGGCGGGUAUUACGUUAGGGGAAUAUUUUGUGACCCCGCCUUCUUUUUCGUUUUACAGUAAGUUACCGUACCGUAUUCUAUUACAGAACAACAUGAGUUUGGAGCAAAUCUUAAGACAACUUCGAGAACGACCCCUAUACUCUAGGGUGCAAACGGCUACCGUCGUUAUCACGGAAAGCCCCAUCACCGAAGAAGGCCAAAGAACGGCCGCCACAUACCUUUAUCAACUCCAGCGGCUCACGGAUUUUUCAGCUUCUGAAGUCCAACAUCCGUGCCCCAACGUGGUCUUCUGGUCGCGACGGGAAGACCUGCGUGAGAUCGAGGAAUUAAGGUCACGUGGCCUGCUACCCGUUCUUUUCCUAUUGCAUAAGGGUACGGACACCCUCCUAAGAUGUUUUGGCUUUUACCGCCAUUGCGUCUUCGGGGAUGUGUCGGGUCGGCGUUACCUAAGUCACCGCGGACGCAAUGUCAACGACCUGGGAUAUCACGCGGGGCUCACCUGGCCAGAGAAGGCACUGAGCCAAUUGUGUGGAUUGCCACCUCAACUGCCAGGGUAAGCCUAAGUUUUUUUUUGCGCACUCUCACUUUCAGUCAUUUAUGUAGAGAUUUGCUGUAAUUUCUUAGCUUUUUUUUCAAGAAAACUUUAAUUUACAACAAAAUUCUUUCAGUGAGCUCCGCGUGUUCUUUGGCGGCGAAGCGUAA